UACUUCUCCUCGAUAACAUCGACGAGCAGAAAUGUCGGGCUAUCCUGGAUCUGGAUACCACGGAGGAUAUGGAGGUCCACCACCACAGCAGUACCCGCCCCAGCCAAACUACUACUCUCCACCUCAGAAUUACGGCCCACCCCCAACACAGGGAGGAUAUGGCUACCAACAGCCUCCCCCACACCAACAGCCUUACGGCUACGCUCAGCCUCCUCCACAGCAAUACGGUGGAUACAACGGCGUGCCACCAAACCAGCCUCAGUAUGGAAGACCCGGAAUGCCAUCGGUGAACUCGAACGGCUAUGUCAAUGGCAAUUCGAAUGCUCCUCCUCCUCCCCCAUCAUCGAUGCAGAGUUUCGGAGGUGGUGCACCUCAAGGCUAUGCUUUUCAAUACUCGAAUUGUACGGGACGGCGGAAGGCUCUGCUGAUCGGAAUAAACUAUUUCGGACAGAGGGGACAACUUCGUGGUUGCAUAAAUGAUGUCAAGAACAUGUCGGCAUUCUUGCACGACAAUUUUGGCUACCAACGAGACGACAUGGUUAUCCUCACCGAUGAUCAACAAAACCCGAUGAGCCAGCCGACAAAACAAAACAUAUUACGGGCGAUGCACUGGCUGGUGAAGGACGCUCGGCCGAACGACUCACUGUUCUUCCAUUAUUCAGGUCACGGUGGUCAGACUAAAGACCUUGAUGGUGACGAGGAGGAUGGGUAUGAUGAAGUCAUCUACCCUGUCGACUUUCGACAAGUUGGUCACAUUGUCGACGACGAGAUGCACAGAAUCAUGGUCAUGCCUCUCCAGCCUGGUGUGAGGUUGACUGCCAUCUUCGAUUCUUGCCAUUCUGGAACAGCUCUCGAUUUGCCAUACAUUUACUCAACGCAAGGGAUCCUCAAGGAGCCCAAUCUUGCCAAGGAGGCUGGACAAGGUCUCCUCGGUGUUAUUUCAUCUUACAGUCAAGGUGAUCUUGGGGGUGUUGCCAACAACUUGAUGGGUUUCUUCAAGAAAGCAACCGGCGGUGAUGACGCCUAUAAUAAGACGAUGGCGACAAAGACGUCACCCGCUGAUGUGGUGAUGUGGUCGGGGAGCAAAGAUGAUCAGACAUCGGCCGAUGCAACCAUCGCGGCACAGGCUACUGGUGCCAUGUCAUGGGCGUUCAUCAACGCCCUGAAGAAGAACCCCCAGCAGAGCUACGUCCAGCUGCUUAACAGCAUUCGAGACGAGCUUGCCACGAAAUAUACACAGAAGCCACAGCUCAGCUGCAGCCAUCCCUUGAACACUAACCUUCUGUUUGUCAUGUAAAUAAAUUCCAUUCACGUUUACGGGAACGGCACUCGGCGUCACAGUGUGUGUGCAUAAAGGGAAAAGCACAACAAGAAUUUUCAUGCCAGGAUACAUGGUUGGGAACUCGGGUCACGGCUUUAUGUCUGUAAUUUCCAUGAUGCCUUUCGAAAAAGAAUGGAUAUAUUCCACCUAGUUAAUGCCCC